GACUUUUUGAAUUGUUAAGGCUUCCCCAUCACUCUUCCCCUUGGGGUUAUCCUGCCUCUGGUGGUCCCAGCGUUUAGCAGGUUGUAGGUAAGGAGCUCAUCUCUACGCACCCUUGUGCGUUCCAAUCACUGGUGACUGGUCUGAUUUUGUGCUUUUAGGCCUAUAGCUACCCAAAUCAAGAUUAACUGAUUCCCCUCCUCCAGUACGAUAUAUGCACUGUGAUGAUUCCCAAUCUCUGUACCUCAAAUCUCUUAAAGAUAGUGAUAGUAGAAGAGAGAUGUAGCCUACCAAAUGUGCAGUGCAUGGCACUGCAAAUGUUAAUUUCUCCAAUUAAUAAAUGUUCCUGUCUCUGAGGAUGCUCAUAUAUGUAUUAAUGUAUUUUUUUUCCUGCUGUGGUUCUUCAGGGAGGGACAGCUCUGAUGAUGGAGAAUGGACAGGGCACAGGUGGGAAGCUUGGCCUUCCGCCUCUCACCCCAGAGCAGCAGGAGGCUCUACAAAGGGUGAGCCUACUACAUAAACAUUACUAAAUACAUGUGUAUACGUAAUGACUCAAGAUCUGUCAAUUUACCUGUGGUUCCAUUAUUCUCUCUAACGCUGACUGACUUUUCUUCAGGCAAAGAAGUAUGCCAUGGAGCAGAGCAUUAAGAGUGUCUUGGUGAAGCAGACCAUUGCCCAUCAGCAACAGCAGCUCACGAACUUGCAGGUGAGACGUGCUGAAUUCUCUACUCCUGCAACUAAACUCUCCAUCCCCUUGAUCAUAUGUUCUUAUCUCUUAACACCAACCACAUGCACUCAAUUAUAGCCUUGUUUCUAAGAGUAACUUGGACUAUUAGCUAGAUGGUCACAUAUCAAAUUAAUAGGAUCAGCCUUAGUAACUUUGUAGUUAUGAACAUUACUUUAUUGUUCAGUUGCACAAAAACAUAGUAACCUCCUCCACAACUGCAGCACAGCAUAUACAAGUGUAUUUCUCGAUGAUGGGAUAGGGAUGUUUGUCCUCUUGCUUCUGCCUCUUCUUUUUCAGUUGGAGAAGAUCAACAUGAAGACUUAGUUAAACAUGUUGAAUGUUUGGACUUGUUCUCACAUAGGGCUUUUGAAUGUCUUGAAUGUGGGGUAAUAUUGUGAAAUGCUUUGGGGCAGAUUGGAGUGGGUGGGACUGCAGAGGGAAAGUCAAAUCAGUCCUGAAAGCUUUUUAGGAGAUGUGUGUCAAAGCUGAUGUAUAGCAAAGCAAUAACAUUUGAAAAAGCAAAGCUUAAAUAUAUAUCUAACCUACUUUUCAGCACCUUUUUCAUCUUUACUGUCUUUCAGAUGGCAGCAGUGACAAUGGGCUUUGGAGAUCCUCUCUCACCUUUACAAUCGGUCAAUAGAUUAUUAAACUUUUUUCUCUGUUCGCAUUCCUCUUAAAAAGGACGGUUACCCUUCUUUGAUUGGCCAUCUGCCCUCAGUCCUAGCCAUAGCAGCUGACCAAAGAAAGCAUAUUUCAAAAGAAGACAUGGUUUUUAAUAUUAUAAUUAUGAGGGACCAGUUCUUACACACACACUGUUUCUGCUUAAUUCAGUCUGGUUAAUGAAACCGUGUGUUUGUAUGCCCACUGCACCAUUUCAGAAGAAAUGCCCUGAAGUACUUCCACUAGUGGCGACAGCUGUUAGUUGAUGUAGUUUUUUUUUUAUACUGAUAGUGAUUUAUAAUGGGACUUUGGGUUAUGUAUGAUGAAUUCGUACAUUUGAGCACAAUACAAACUUCAUCAGUGCAUUUUAGCAGUACAUCAUGAUGGCUUUUUACGCUAGCCUGAAAUGGCUAUCCAAGAGGGGUCGAGAAUAUUAACAUGGGGAAGACCAUGUCUUCUUUAUAAAUAUGCUGUUACUUUGCAUUGAUUGAAGCUGAAAAAGCCAGCUUUGGUGUGGGGCUAAAGAGGGUUAGCAGUCUCUUUCAAUAACCAAAAACAAGAGAACUGCUCAAACAGGAAUCACUUUUUGGCAAUCUCAAAUUUUAUGUUGUAAUAGGGGGAAACACUUUUCUCUUCUCUAAUAGAUUAGGCUGUUAGUUUUGCCUGUGGGUGAUAGUAAAAGCAGCUAUGCUCAAGUAAAAAUACUUGAGUAAAGGACCCAGUAAACUCUGCUUUCAGUGGUUAACCAUCCCUCCCUCCCCUUAGAGACGUAAGUGUAAAAUGUUUUCCUUAGGCUUUUUAUGGAUGCUUUUCAACUGAUAUAGGUGUUUAUUUCAUUUGUUUGCCAUGUUGAAAUGUGUCACAAUAUACAGUAUAUGCAGCCCUGGACUACAGGUCAGUUUCAGGAGCCAAAUAUUAGCGAAAGACAUUCAUGUUAUCACCUUCACUGCUUUCACCCAUAUUAAUGCAGUAAUGAGAAAAACAUUUUUACGUUGCUUGCAUUUACCAAAUUGUUAAUCUUUGUAUAGUUUAGUAAUAGUCGCAAAAUCGUUGUUCAGGACUCAUGUUGCAUAUGCCCAGAUUGCAUCCAUCCCUGACAUUGGCCUGUAUGUCUAUUGUUGGGAAAAGCAAACACCAUACAGAAAUUAAAAAAUAUGUAUGUACAUAAUGAGAUUUCAAUGAAAGAAAAUCACAAUUUACCCAUACACAGAUUGAUUUGGUGUGUUCUUGCUUUCUUAGACACCCUAAACAUCAUGGUGUGUUUUUCUCCGUGGUUACCAGGUGGCGGCUCAGCGGCAGCGUGCUCUAGCCAUCAUGUGCCGGGUGUAUGUGGGCUCCAUAUACUAUGAGCUUGGGGAGGACACCAUCAGACAGGCCUUUGCCCCUUUUGGCCCCAUCAAGAGCAUUGACAUGUCAUGGGACUCCGUUACAAUGAAGCACAAGGUCAGUGUAUAGAGCACCCUUAAACUACAUCACACAGCAUUGCAAUAUGAUUAGAAUUUAGAUCUGUAAUAAAUAAUGUGAGGGGAAACUUUUAAAGCACAACUGGAGAAUGUGGCAUGCACGUGUCUGUAAUGCAGUGGACUGUUGUUCCAUGGUUGUGUGUCUGUCUGUGCAGGGCUUUGCCUUUGUGGAGUAUGAGAUCCCGGAGGCGGCACAGCUGGCUUUGGAGCAGAUGAACUCAGUCAUGCUUGGGGGCAGGAACAUCAAGGUGAGUGGCCUGGAGAGGCAGCCUGUCCGGCCCAGUGGAAGUGGACCUCUCAGAACCCCCUCUCUAUACCCCUGGAAAGAGGGGUGCUCCUGCUAUCAUCUUUUUAACCUUUAUUUUUUAUUUUAUUUUUUAUCGAGAACGCAUGGAACCAGUUUGAAAUCCUCAUUUCGCUCUUUCCGUGUAACUGCACUAUUAUUUCUGUGUGAAUCACUAAUUGGUAGUCUCUAAAUUCUGUAUGGAAGUGUAUCUAAAGCCACUCAUUUCUUUGUCUUUCUUUGCUUGUAUGUAUGUCAAUUCAUUUACAGGUAUGCGUGUGUGUUUGGGUGCGUGUGUGCGCACAUGCGCACGGGUGUGUUUUUUUGUGAAUGUCUGUGCUGUGUUCUGCUUCCAUGAUGUCAUCACCACAUUGUUUUAGUGACCAGUUCCUCUAGGAUGCCCGGGCAGCGUGUGAUGAUGCGUUGCUCUGUGUCCGAGAUGUGCUGAUGAUGGGCUGCGCCUGGUUGGUGUCGCUUGGCCGCCCCACCUGCAGCACAGAUCAUAUACUACAUAGCCGCUCAUAGAGAAGCUCCAAACACUAGCCUAUAGAUGGACAGUUGUGAGAGGAGAUACCUCCGACAUUUCGGUCCUAGAAAGUGUAGUGCCAGCCACACGUGUGGUUUUAUCUUGUUCAUUUUAUAAGCAUUUCCACUAUCUGAUCCUCAGCUGCAGCUCUGGCUGAGGCAAUCUGAACAUUCCUUUUAGUGUUGUUCAAACGUGCCUAAGUGAGUGAAGCAGCUAUUACAGUAGAAAUAUAUUCUAGACGGGCUAUUUUCUUGAUCUCUUUUUUUAAAAAAUUUAUUACGUGUGAUCUUCGCUAUAGUUAAUUUCCAGGUGACGAUUUUAAAGUGAACAUCUAAGUUGUUGGUAUGUUGUCAGUUUCCAUAAUCUAGAAAGAAAAGGGGGAGUGUGAGAGAAAAAAAAGUGUCAAUAGAAGGCAUUGUCUCUAGGUUAUAGUGCAGGUUGUCAAGUUUUAUAUCACUCGUAUUACCUAAGCCUUUGCAGAAAGCCCUGGUGGAAAGAUGCUGUUUAGCAAGGCUAUUGGAAACUUGGCGAAUAAUACAUUGGGCUGCAAUUACAUUUUAGUCAUUUAGCGGACGCUCUUAUUCAGAUUGACUUACAGUGAGUGCAUACAUUUUUUUGUUACUUUUUCGUACUGGUCCCCGUGGGAUUCGAACCCACAACCCUGGCGUUGCAAGCGCCAUGCUCUUCCAACUGAGCCACACGGGACCAAUUGCAAAGAGAAAUGGUAUCCUACGAUCUCUAAUUGCAUUGCUCCAGUUGAAGGCGUUAGGUGGUUUUGUAGCUCGAGGUGUUGCGUUGCUCGGUCAGUGGCUGUGACACCCCACUCAUUGGCCCUGUGCUGGUAUCUGUGCUGUAGGUGGGGCGGCCAGGUAACAUUGGUCAGGCGCAACCCAUCAUCGACCAGCUGGCAGAGGAGGCGCGCGCCUACAACCGGAUCUUCGUGGCCUCCGUCCACCCUGACCUCUCAGACGAGGACAUCAAGAGCGUCUUUGAGGCCUUCGGGAGGAUCAAGUCCUGCACGUUAGCCAGGGACCCCACCACGGGAAGACACAAGAGCUUUGGCUUCAUCGGUGAGCAGAGAGGCGUUUGGCGGCCCUCAGGAUGUGCUGUUGCUGUGUGUUUGUUCUCCUAAUUCCUCUUUCCCCCCCUCUCUCCCUGGCAGAGUAUGACAAGCCCCAGUCGUCCCUGGACGCAGUGUCCUCCAUGAACCUGUUUGACCUGGGGGGCCAGUAUUUGCGGGUGGGCAAGGCCGUCACCCCGCCCAUGCCCAUGCUGACUCCCACCCAGCCUGGUGGCCUGCCGCCCGCUGCAGCCGUGGCUGCUGCAGCAGCCACCGCUAAGAUAACGGCCCAGGCAAGUAUGAUUCCCUUCCAAAGGGAUCUAUUGGCCUUCCAGGUAAAUAUACCUCUGAUAUACAGUGAGCUCCAAAAGUAUUGGGACAGCGACAUGUUUUGUUGUUUUGGCUCUGUACUCCAGCACUUUGGAUUUGAAAUGAUACAAUGACUGAGGUUAAAGUGCUGACUGUCAGCUUUAAUAUGAGGGUAUUUUCCAUCUGUAUCGGGUGAACCAUUUAGAAAUUACAUCACUUUUUAUACAUAGGGGACCAAAGUAUUGGGACAAAUUCACUUAUGUGUAUUAAAGUAAAAAUAUUUGUGCAGGCCUCGCAAGUGGCGCAGCGGUCUAAGGCACUGCAUCGCAAUGCUUGAGGCGUCACUAUAGAUCCGGGUUCGAUCCCAGGCUGUGUCGCAACCGGGAGACCGAUCAGGCGGCACACAAUUGGCCCAGCGUCGUCUGGGUUAGGGGAGGGUUUGGCCGGCCGGGAUGUCCUUGUCCCAUCACGCUCUAGCGACUCCUGUGGCUGGCUGGGCGCAUGCACGCUGACUUCGGUCGCCAGUUGUACGGUGUUUCCUCUGACAUAUUGGUGCGGCUGGCUUCCGGGCUAAGCGAGCAGUGUGUCAAGAAGCAGUGCGGCUUUGCAUGGUCAUGUUUCGGAGGAUGCAUGGCUCUCGACCUUCGCCUCUCCGGAGUCCGUACGGGAGUUGCAGCGAUGGGACAAGACUGUAACUACUUAUUACAAUAAGUGACUCCAAAAUGACUACUUUAUUUACCAUUAAUUUCUAUUGGGCACAAAAUAAUCUGAAACGCAACCAAAACAAACAGCAAAUGCAUCCACGCUUGAUGUAGUCAUUGCAUGCUAUGAAUAUAGGACCAAAUACUAAACUUUUUAAUACAAUACACAAGUGAAUUUGUCCUGAUUUUUAUUUUUGUUCCCCUAAAAAUGGGGGGACUAUGAACAAAACGUUCUGUAAUUUUGAAACGGUUCAUCCGAUAUGAAUGAAAAUACUCUAAUAUUAAAGCUGAAAGUCUGCACUUUACCCUCCGUUAUUGGAUCAUUUUAAAUUCAAAGUGCUGGAGUACAGAGCCAAAACAACAAAACAUUUGUCACUGUCCCAAUACUUUUGGAGCUCACUGUAGGUAGCUAGGUGUAACCAUUAUUUAAAAUGUGCUAAGUAAAAUUCAUAUACUAAAGAUAGAAAUGUAAUGUAUGUGCAUAUAAAGCUGAAUAUUCUAUUUUCUGUGUGCAAUAAGUAAGAUAUAUUUUGAUGUGCCCUGCCGUUGUAGAAUUUGAUAUAAUAUUUGAUGAAUUGAUAAUGCAGAACCCAUGCAGGGCAAUAUAAAGUAUUCUAUGUUCACUGCUCUGUGUUUGCUAACAAAAUGUGCUGUGCCAUAUGUGCUUGUGAUGUGAGCUCAACCCACGGUUGCAAAAGUUUAUCCCCUGUGAAAAGAAGGCUGCCCCUCUUUCCUUGUCAUUUUUAAGUACUAUAAUACUAAGAAGCAAAGCUCCUCCUGUAAACUAUACUGAACAAAAAUAUAGAUGCAACAUGCAACAAUUGCAAAGAUUUUACUGGGUUACAGUUCACAUAAAGAAAUCAGUCAUUUGAAAUGCAUUCAUUAGGCCCUAUUCUAUGGAUUUCACGACUGGGCAGGGGUGUAGCCAUGGGUGGGCCAGGCCACUGGGGAGCCAGGCCCAGCCAAUCAGAAUGAGUUUUUCCCCACAAAAGGUUACACGUGGUCUGACGUUGGAGGCAGCUUAUUGUAGAGAAAUCAACAUUCAGUUCUCUGGCAACAGCUCUGGUGGACAUUCCUGCAGUCAGCAUGCCAAUUGAACGCUCCCUCAAAACUUGAAACAUCUGUGGUGUUGUGACAAAACUGCACAUUUUAAAGUGACCUUUUAUUGUCCCCAGCACAAAGUGCCCCUGUGUAAUGAUCAUGCUAUUUAAUCAGCUUCUUGAGAUGCUACACCUGUCAGAUGGCUAGAUUAUUAUGGCAAAGUAGAAAUCCUAACUAACAUGGAUGUAAACAAAUUUGUUCACAAAAUUUCAGAAAUAAGCUUUUUGUGUGUAUGGAACAUUUUCUUGGAUUAUUUUUUUCGAGCUCAUGAAACAUGGGACCAACACUUGUGUUUAUAUUGUUGUUCAGUGUCAUUGGUUGUGGAAGCUAAUUACUCCCUGGAGUCUCACUGCUCAAGCAAGCACACACCCUCACUGCUAUAUCUGGCACUGGCAACAGUAGUCAUAGUUCUGUUUAGUAAUAAAUAGUCUUAUGAGUUAAAUUGAUGUUUAUAUUGACAAGUUUUAGUAGUAGAAUAUAUUAUAUAUAUUAUUUUAUGUAUAUUGGCCUGGCACUAUAGUAAUCUGACAUGAGCCUUGAGGACAGGAGAGUAGGGUUGGGCUAUUUUACCAUAGUGUCGGAUAUUGAAGAUGAUUGACAGCCAUCGUUGAUGGUGAUUACAUUGUGAUGUGACAGACGAUGUAUAGCCUAUUUCAACUUGACUGACACCGCAGUAAAAAGCUGACCGGGCAGCCCACAGCACUGCCACGCCAAGUGGCCUAUUCCUUAGGUUAUGCAGGCUAUAGCAAUUUCAAUAAAUAUGUUAUAAACAAUUUACAGAAUGAAAGAGAACAAUGUAGACAGAGCUAAGAUUUUUACCAAAGCAGCACAAAAUGUCCAGUCAGAAUAAUUAAUUUUUUCCUAUGUUGGAUGAUCUGGGCCAUAUAGUUGAAGCCUAUUUAAUUUUUUAUAGUGGACACUAAAAGCCCAAUUCUGUAUUUUCUCUCCAUUUGAUAUGAAUGUCUUUCUCCCGCUGCACUAUUCAUGAUCAAACAAUGAAUUUAUCUGCGUUCUAGGCUUUAUCUAAAGGAGUUCUCAAACUUAAGUAAUUUUGGAAUAACCUGAUGGGCCUAAGAUGAGGUAGAACAAACAAUAGCAAGAUAGAAAAAUCGAACGAGUAGUUUGAAGAAAUCUUAAAGUUGUGAAAAGCUAUAAAAAUCAUAUCAUGCACGCAUCCCUCUUGCCGUUGCGAACCAAAUGGCCAAAGUCCAAAUCCUACUAAUUAAAAUAGCCUAUCAAAAGUAUUAAGACAAGUUAAAGUUAUGAAGAGUGUUUUCCAAAUAGGAUAUUCUAAUUGUGUUUAAUGUCCUAAAGUUGCAGCCUUCAAAUAAACUCAGCAAAAAAAGAAUCUUCCCUGUUUCAGGACCCUGUCUUUCAAAGAUAAUUUGUAAAAAUCCAGAUUACUUCACAGAUCUUCAUUGUAAAGGGUUUAAACGCUGUUUCCCAUGCUUGUUCAAUGAACCAUAAACAAUUAAUGAAAAUAACGCAGGUGACAGUGAGGACGUUUCUUUUUUUGUUGAGUUUAGUAACAUUUGUGAAAGUCAGUCUAUAGGCUAUUUUUUAUGAAUGACAACUAUUACAGGCAACAAGAAGUGAAAUUGAGCAAACAAUAUAAAGAUGGAAAAAUCAAAUGAAGUCAAAAGAAUUUACAGCUGAGCAAAGCUUAUGAAAGAAACUGUGUAGAGUAGGCCUAUUUCCAUAGCCUUUUAUUAGCAAUGUAGGCUACAACCUACUUACAACUUAUAGAGGAGCUUAGGCCUAAUAAGAGAAAGAUUAGGCAAAAAUGAUCCAGUUCUGGGGACAGCAAAGUUGCGUGCUCUGCAGCCGCGCCCAUCACAUGACGCACAGCCAGCGAGGCUCCUGACUGUCACUUGUGCGUCGGCACACACACACACCUCUUUCGUGCAACAGUUCCAAUAGCGAGGAAUAGGCUACUAAAAAAAGAUUUGGCUCUAAAAUAUAUUUUGUCAUGAUUCCUCUCAUCCCUCCCAUAGGCUACAUUUCCUUUCGUAGGAUAGCCGGAGGCAAAGUCAUCAUUAUCCGUUGGAUGAUUGGUUGAGCCUUCUUGGUUGCGUGACAUCACUCCGAGCCCGUACCAAAAUACAAAACAUGGCUGACAACUUAUCUCGCCUCGGAUCUAAAACCAGUAGUAACCACCAACUUCAAUGAUGGUUAUCUUAAAAAUAAAAUGCAUAUCAUUAGGCCCUAAUCUAUGGAAUUCACGACUGGGAAUACAGAUAUGCAUCCAUUGGGCACAGAUGCCUUAAAAAAUAGGUAGGGGGGUGGAUCAGAAAACCAGUCAGUAUCUGGUGUGACCACCACUUGCCUCAUGCAUCACGACACAUCUCCUUCGCAUAUAAUUAUUCAGGCUGUUGAUUGUGGCCUGUGGAAUGUUGUCCCACUCCUCUUCAAUGGCUGUGCGAAAUUGCUGGAUAUUGGCGGGAACUGGAACAUGCUGUCGUACACGUCGAUCCAGAGCAUCCCAAACUUGCUCAAUGGGUGACAUGUCUGGAGAGUAUGCAGGCCAUGGAAGAACUUUGACAUUUUCAGCUUCCAGGAAUUGUGUACAGAUUCUUGCGACAUGGGGCUGUGCAUUAUCAUGCUAAAACAUGAAGUGAUGGCGGUGGAUGAAUGGCACGACAAUGGGCUUCAGGAUCUCAUCACAGUAUCUCUGUGCAUUCAAGUUGCCAUCGAUAAAAUGCAAUUGUGUUCGUUGUCCGUAGCUUAUGCCUGCCAAUACCAUAACCCCACCGCCACCAUGGCACUCUGUUCACAAUGUUGACAUCAGCAAACCGCUUGCCCACACAAUGCCAUACACGUGGUCUGCGGUUGUACUGUCAAGUACGUCCAACCGACGUUGGAUGCGGCUUAUGGUAGAGAAAUGAACAUUCAAUUCGCUGGCAUUGUGUUGUGACAAAACUGCACAUUUUAGUGUACUUUUAUUGUCCCCAGCACAAGGUACACCUGUGUAAUGAUCAUGCUGUUUAAUCAGCUUCUUGAUAUGCCACACCUGUCAGGUGGAUGGAUUAUCUUGGCAAAGGAGAAAUGCCCACUAACAUGGAUAUAAAGAAAUGUAUGCACAAAAUUUGAGAGAUAAAAUAUAGAUAAACUUUUUGUGCGUAAGGAAAAUUUCUGGGAUCUUUUAUUACAGCUCAUGAAACAUAGGACCAACACUUUAUAUGUUGCGUUUUCAUAUUUUUGUUCAGUAUAGUUUAUUCAGUGACCACUGCAUUUAGAAGGAUAGCUACCGACUGAAAUGUAGCUAGCUAGCUCACUGGCCAGCCACUAACGUGACUAGCAAACUAAUCGUGGAUGACCUAUUCUUUGAUACAUUUAGGUUAACUUGCUCAUAUCGAGCAUUAGACAGCUUGUGGAAAGGUAGAAAAAUAACAAUUAGUGGACUCGUUUUAUGAAUGAUCAGACAGUGAAACUGAAAUCGAUUGGGUUUCCCAAGUUGUUCAGUGCUUACUGCUCAUGCUGGUGAGCAAGCUAAAGGCUUGUGACGUCACUCACCCAAGAAGGCUCAACCUUUGCCUCUGACUAUCCUACGAAAGGAAAUUUCAUCUCCCGUAGCAUGCGAGCUUGCGCUAGUGGUCCUUUUUAGCUGUCUUUUUUUUUUAACCGUUUUUUCUUCAAUGUUUUUUGGGGGUUGGCCAAUAGGAAGCAAUAUCAUCGUAUAUCACUAUGUUUUUAUGGGUACUUAAUCACGAUAGGACAAAGGUUGACAUCCCCCAACCCUAAUGCAGAGUAGAACACUAUACAUGCUGUAUGAAGUCUGACUGUGCAACCUCACUGUGUUUUCCUGCUAAUGCGUCCCGCCCCUCUCUCAAGGAGGCUGUGACCGGGGCGUCCAUCUUGGGGGCGAUGGCCGGGGCGAACCAGAUGGGCCAAAUGGGUCAGAUGGGUCAGAUGGGUCAGAUGGGCCAAAUGGGUCAGAUGGGCAUCCCUCAGGCAGUCAUGGCUGCCCAGGCCCCCGGAAUGAUCACAGGUGUGUAUCGAGACAUGUGUGAGUACAAAGAGUAUUGUCCACUGACCUAUGCACUCACUUAGGUCUGUUGGAAUCUUGUUAGAGGAUCGUUUAAAUGAUUUCAAGUGUGUAUCUUAUCUACUCAAUGCUACAGUGUUGAGAGGGAUUAUCUGGUCAGCCAGGUUUUGUAGUUUUCCAUCUGAUCCUGCUCAUUAGAGAUUGUGUUAAAAAAAAACUUGACUACAGUUGGUUCACAUGAGACCAGUUAGAGAAACAAGAAAAUUGCAACAGAGGAUUUGACUCAUAUGAAUGGCCAUGUCAGGUCUCGGAGAAACCAUAUCAAUGAAAAUUUAUAUUUGUAUGGCUGAUGCAUGUGAAUGUCCCUGUAGGUGUGACACCAGUGCGUCCUAACCUGCCAGUGCUGCCCCAGGUGGGCCUGGUCAACCCUGUGCUGGCCUCACCGCCCGUGAUCACCAACCCAGCCCAACUCAACCCCUCUCUACAAGAGCUUCAGAAGAAGAAGCAGGAGGAGAAGGAGAUGCUGCAGGAUGGGACAGGCCAGGAGAUGUUGAGCGACCAAGAACACAUGAGCAUUUCAGGAAGCAGCGCCAGACACAUGGUCAUGCAGAAACUGCUGAGGAAAUCAGAGGUAAGAUCAGACAUGACGAUAUACAGUGCUUUCGGGAUGGAUUCAGACCCCUUGACUUUUUCCACGUUAUGUUACAACAUUCUAAAAUUGAUUUAAAUUGUUAAAUAAAAAAAAACAGAUACCUUAUUUAAAUAAGUAGUCAGACCUUUUGCUAUGAGACUCAAAAUUGAGCUCAGGUGCAUCCUGUUUCCAUUGAUCUUCCUUGAGAUGUUUCUACAACUUGAUUGUAGCCCACCUGUGGUAAAUUAAUUUGAUUGGACAUUAUUUGGAAAGGCACACACCUGUCUAGAUAAAGGUCCCACAGUUGACAGUGCAUGUCAGAACAAAAAACAUGUCAUGAGGUCAAAGGAACUGUCCAUAGAGCUCCGAGACAGGAUUGCGUUGAGGCACAGAUCUGGGGAAGGGUACCCAAAACUUUCUGCAGCAUUGAAAGUCCCCAAGAACACAGUGGCCACCAUCAUUCUUAAAUUGGAACCACCAAGACUCUUCCUAGAGCUGGUCGCCCGGCCAAACUGAGCAAUCGGGGGAGAAGGGCCUUGGUCAGGGAGGUGACCAAGAACCAGAUGGUCACUCUGACAGAGCUCCAGAGUUCCUCUGUGGCGAUGGGAGAACCUUCUAGAAGGACAACCAUCUCUGCAGCACUCCACUAAUCAGAUCUUUAUGGUAGUGUGGCCAGACUGAAGCCACUCCUCAGUAAAAGGCACAUGACCGCCCGCUUGGAGUUCGCUAAAAGGCACCUAAAGACUCUGACCAUGAGAAACAAGAUUCUCUGGUCUGAUGAAACCAAGAUUAAACUCUUUGGCCCCAAUGCCAAGCGUCACGUCUGAAGGAAACCUGGCACCAUCCCUACGGUGAAGCAUGGUGGUGGCAGCAUCAUUCUGUUGGGAUGUUUUUCAGCGGCAGGGACUGGGAGACUAGUCAGGAUAGACGGAACGAUAAACAGAGCAAAGUACAGAGAGAUCCUUUAUGAAAACCUGCUCAGGACCUCAGACUGGGGCGAAGGUUCACCUUCCAACAGGACAACGACCCUAAGCACACAGCCAAGACAACGCAGGAGUGGCUUCGGGAUAAGUCUCUGAAUGUCCUUGAGUGGCCCAGCCAGAGCCCGGACUUGAACCCGAUCGAACAUCUCUGGAGAGACCUGAAAAUAGCUGUGCAGCAACGCAUACCCAUCCAACCUGACAGAGCUUGAGAGGAUCUGCAGAGAACAAUGGGAGAAACUCCCCAAAUACAGGUGUGCCAAGCUUAUAGCGUCAUACCCAAGAAGACUUGAGGGUGUAAUCGCUGCCUGUUUUUGCUUGUUCAUUAUGGGGUAUAUUGUGUGUAGAUUGAGGAUUUAAAAUUUAAAAGAAAAUCCAUUUUAGAAUAAGGCUGUAACGUAACAAAAUGUGGAAAAAGUUAAGGGGUCUGAAUACUUUCAGAAUAUACUUUUAUUUGCCUUAUUUAAUAGCAAAAAAAAAUCACUGAGAAAUUGAUAUUUUAAUGUAAUGUGAUUUGGGUAGGAAUACAUAUUGACAUGUUGUCUUGCUCCUCUCCAGUCUACGGUGAUGGUGUUACGGAACAUGGUGGGGCCGGAGGACAUCGAUGACGACCUGGAGGGUGAGGUGACAGAGGAGUGCGGCAAGUUUGGUGCCGUCAACCGGGUCAUUAUCUACCAGGAGAAGCAGGGGGAGGAGGAGGAUGCCGAGAUCAUCGUCAAGAUCUUUGUGGAGUUCUCCAUGGUCUCAGAGAUGAACAAGGCCAUCCAGGCGCUCAACGACCGCUGGUUUGGGGGUCGCAAGGUCAUUGCGGAGGUCUACGACCAAGAGCGCUUCAACAGUAGCGACCUCUCCGCAUAAACUGUCUGAAAUGGUCGCCCAACACCCAUCCCAUACCCGUUGCUCAAACUCACUUCAGCCACUGUCACUGCUGCUAGAGAUUUGGGCCUCUUUUUAAAAUGUAAUAUUUUUUUUUAUUGAUGUUGAUGUUAAUAUUAAUAUUAUUAAUGGCCUCUUUUGAGGGAUUGGUUAAGAAAAGAAUAUUUGCACCUCAUGGAUUUUGUUUUGUCACCUACUGUGAAGACUUUUGAUUUAUUUUGUAUUAUUUGCGGGUUUUUUUGUUAUCAAAUUGAGAAGUCAUUAGGUUACCCCCAUUUUAAGUUGUCAGGAUUCUUUAAACACCGUUUUUAGAGCUAUUGGUUCCCGUUUACCCACAAAAAUAAAUUCUUCAACUAUGUGAAUGUCUGUUGUGAAUUUCUUAUGGGUUUGGGAAGGAAAAAUCUGAUUUCAAAUAAUAUUCCACAUUUCUAGACAUUUCAACAGAACUUAGUCAUUUCAGUUGAAAUUUCAAUUAUUAAAUAUACAGUAGCUAUGACUGCAAUUAUUGACCUUUGGCUCUGAAGACCACUAAUGAAUAUUUAAUUUUUGUCAGCAUCACUGGUUUGGGGAAAAAAAAAUUCCUCAAGUUUUUAUAAAGUGAGUUCAAUCAAUUUAGAUACAGUAUGUGCAUAGACAUGCAUUGAACACAUUUGAAUGAGAUCUGUUAUUGUGUUUUAUCAAGUUUCUGUUUAUGGAAUUCUCAAAGUUUUAUAAAGCUUUUUUUAUUUAAAACUUG